AUGAGCAGCGACGAUGCAGCGGCACAUGCAGCCGCUUUUCUUGCAGCAGCUGAGAAGGGCAUGCUCGAAGUCGCUCGGCGACACCUUCAAGGCCGGCACCGUCGAAUGAUUGUGUCAUCAGCUGAUGGCCAUGGCAGAGGUGCAGUUCACUUGGCCGCGCGAGCAGGCCACAGCGAGAUGAUAGCGCUGCUUCACGACCACGGCCUGCUGCUGGAGGAUUGCGAUGCGGAAGGCCGCACACCCUUGCAUCUCGCUUCCGAGCACGGUCGCAUGGAGGCAGCCAUGGUGCUGCUGGAUCGCGGCUGUGCGGCCGAUGUUCAGGACACAGCUGGCCGGACGGCCUUGCAUCUGGCAGUUUGCAGCAAGGAGCCUCGACUCUGCAACUUGCUUCAGGCAAAAAGCCCAGAGCUGGCAUCGAGGAAAGACUUGCAAGGGAGAUCUCCCUUGUCAUACGCAGUUUUGCAUCCCGCGCAGCCCGUCGCAGAGCAAUGCACCCGGCUGCUGCUGGCGGGGCUUGCAGAUGUGAAUGCCGAGGACAUUUUCGGCUUUGAUGCCUUGCACUAUGCCCGAAAAGCUGGUGCAGAAGGUGCAGCAGCCUUGCUCAAAGCCGUCCAAUCGCCUGCGCAGAGCGAGACCGUGCCACAGAGGCUUCAGCACGUGCAGGAUGACAUUCCCUAUUGGAACAUGCUCUUGGAUCAGCGGGAGCCAGGUGCGUUGCCCAAGUUAUCGGCAACUCAGGGCGCAGGCUAUGAGUCGCAAGAUGAGUAUCACUCGCGAAGGAGUGUACGGGAGGAGGCGGCACAUGCCCAGCAUGCCCAUGCUCAUGCAGAGCGACUGCGGCAAGAGCUGUUGGAUCAGAGUGAGCUCCUUGAAGCCGCAAAGCUUGAAAUAAAGGAAGGGCAGCUUCGAGAAAAGGAGCUGCGAACAGAACUAGUGGUACAGCAGAAUGCCACGACUGGAGCCGACCAGGAGGCCUACGGCGAAGGUUUUCCCAACAGCCUUGGCCAUCGUGUACUGCGCGCCGGAAGGCAGCUGGCCCAGAAGUCCGAGGAGUUUCGGACUGCGGAGGCGGCUGCCCGGAGCCUCGCUGGCAGAAACUCCGACUUGGAAGCGGAGUUGCAGGCGAGCAAAGACCUGGUCGCGGAAAUCCAGGUGGAGGAGCUUGAGCUGCACCGCAAGCUCGACAGGGAACUACAAAAUCGCGGUGAAGAAGAGUCUUGGAGAUUCCUUGCAGAGGAAGACCGCUGCAGCGCUGCGGCGGUGCGAGAGAUGCUCGAGCAGCGCCUCGAGGAGGCCGAGAAGUCGGCGGCCUCUUUCCGACUCCGUGAGAUCGACAGCCUCUCAAAGCUGGAGGGCGAUCUCGCGCAGCUCCACGAGGCCGAGAUGGCCCAGAUGCGACGGGAGUUCGAAACGGCCAAAGAAGAGGCGGGAACGUCGUGGAACUCCAUAGCAACGGUUCGGGCAGAGGCGAAGCGAAAUGUGGAGGCUGAAGCCGAGAUCUGCCGGCACGAGCUGCAGUCGGCACGACUGGCUCAGGAGAAGCAGAGGCAGCUGGAACAGCAGCUGCAUCAAGGCCGGCAGCUUUCGAGCUUCCUCGAGCAGGAGGCAUCCCGGCUGAAGGAAGAGGUCCGUGUUCGAGAUGAACAGUGGCAAGCGCUGUUCAGGUCCACCUCCAGCUUGAGCUUGGGAAGAGAGGCUUUGCUCUCUUCUCACAGAGAGGAGAUGAAGGAGAUUUUCGACCUCCUUGACGCUGAUGGUAGCGGUAGCAUCGAUCCAAAGGCCUCGAGGAUGAAAGUCCGGGCGCGGAGUGCUUUGCAGGACGAGCGCGUGGGCGCCCUCUUCUCGGCGAUUGCCUCGGCACCGCGCACGCGAGAGCCGCCGCCGCCGCCUGAUGUGGAUUGGCCGGGCUUCUACGGGCGAAACGGCAGAAGUGGCGGGCGAAACGGCGGUGGCCGCAGCUUCGUGGGCCCCGUGGAGGCGCGGCAGCUCCCCGGCAGGGGCAUCGGCCUGGUCACGAGCCGGCAGGUGAGGGCGGGUGAGCUGCUGCUCCUGGAGGACGCAUGGGCCACUUCGACAACGAAAGGGGCCGCAUCUAACGUUGCAAUCGCAGAGCUCGCAGAAGCUUGCGUGAAGAAGUUGGGAACUGCAGGGGAGAUGGAGCGUGCCCUGUUUUGGUGUCUCCACGGGACAAGCGAAGAGGGUUGGCAGAAUCCCAGUCUCCGGCUCAAGAUCUUCGAGCAGCAUUUGCAUCGGCUGGGCCAGGACAACACCGUCGCAGGAUACGAGGAGGGUCCAGGCCCAUCGUUGCCAGCUUGGCCCCGCCAGCUGCAAAGUGCGGUUUCUGCCAUUGUGGCCUCGAACAGUCGACGAUCGGAAGCAUGGAACGCUUUGACAUUGCUACUGGAUGAAACGCAGGCACUCGGUGGACUCUGGCUCGUGGCAUCUUUAUUCAACCAUUCUUGCUGUGCAAACGUCACUCUCAGCUACUCUUUGUCCGAGGACCGAGUUGGUGGGAGUAGCCGCGUGUAUCUGUCAUGCUAUGGAUUGCCGACAUGCGCUCGCACCGUGGCAUGCCAGGGUGGUAUCACAUUGGAGCUGGUGGACACCUAUGUCUACCCUUUCGACACAGUGGUCGAGAGGAGAAGCAGGUUGCAGCGGACGUACGGCUUUCUUUGUACAUGCACGCGGUGCUCAGUGGAGGCUCCGCUGGCCGCGGAAGCUGGCAAGGUCGCCGACUUGCUUGAGGCAGAGUUGCAAACAUUCUCCACAUUGAGAGGGCGGCGAGCGAAACCCAGCGAAGUGGGGGAGGUUGUCCGGAAGAUUCGACAAGUCUUGGAUCGGGUCUUCGCAACCGCGCAGAAGCUUCCACCCAGCACUCAACCACUUUGGAGGGCCCAGUUCGUGUGGGGCCUCCACGGUCUCGCCAUGGCUGCCCAGGACGCCGGGUUCUUUCAGGAAGCGGUCGAUGCGUUUCAGACAUGUAUUGAGCUGGCGGCUCUCAUCGCCCCAAGUUCGGAGUACGAGCUGAAAUACCACAUGAUGCUGGUUCAGUGCAUGGCAAGGCGGACGCUAUCAUCUCCCCCAUCUGCCCUGCCUGACGACACGCCAGCUUCGAUGAAGGAGGCUCUACGUCGGGCAGAAGAAGCUCACAAUCGCCACUACGGCGGAGGAGGUCGCCAUUUCCUGAGUCGCAUGCAGAAGAGGCUAGAAGACUUCUAUGCUGCAUUGCGUCGCUGCGGAAAGCGAUGA